AUGGUGAUUGUCGUUGUGUUUCUAUCAACAGAUGACGCUUGUUAUACUCCUGGUGGACAGCCCGGAAUUUGCAUACCAUACGCCAACUGUGAUGUCAUUGUGCGUCUUCUGAUUCAAAACUCUCAGAAACGUGAUCCCAAUAUAGAAAGUUACGUGCUCCAAAGUAUUUGCGGGAAUCGAGAUGUCUCACAGAUGGUGUGCUGUCCUGGUCUCAUAUUCAUUCAACAAACCACCCCUUCCUCCGGAUCGUUUUAUUUCUCUUCAAAUGUACAAACUAGUGGAGCAACCAAUGGUCCUACACCGAGUAGCACCGCUCCUCAACAGGUGGGGCAGUACAAGCUACCAACGAAUCCUAUCGACCAGUGCGGAAUGUCCAACGUAUCUCAUUCGCGCAUCGUUGGUGGCGUAGAUGCUCAGCGUGGAGCUUGGCCAUGGAUGGCAGUGUUGGGAUACCGUUCGAGCACUUUUGAUCUUACGGUUGGUCCGAAGUUUCUUUGUGGGGGUACACUAAUUACGAUCAGACACGUGCUAAGCGCUGCACAUUGCAUUCAAAAUCAGUUGUACUUCGUACGUCUGGGAGAGUACGAUAUCACUAACAACAACGACGGAGCAAAUCCCGUGGAUAUUUACGUAGAUCGAACUUUCAUUCACGAGCAGUACAAUGCAAAAACGAUCCAGAACGAUAUUGCUCUCAUUCGUUUGCAGCAAAAUGCACCACUGUCCGAGUGGAUCAAACCUAUCUGUUUGCCGGUGGAGGAAGCAAUUCGUUCGAUGGAUUUGACCUAUUACUCACCAUUUGUUGCCGGUUGGGGAACGAUCGCCUUUCGAGGUCCCACUGCUAGCAGGCUGCAGGAAGUGCAAGUGAUCAUUCUGCCUACGGACCAGUGCGCCUUCAAUUACAAGCUGUACUUUCCUGACCAGGUUUUCGAUGAUAAAGUGAUUUGCGCGGGAUUCCCCCAGGGCGGAAAAGAUUCCUGCCAAGGCGACAGUGGAGGUCCGUUGAUGUUGCCGCAGCGUUCAUCCAACGGCCAGUACUAUUAUUUCAACCUGAUUGGAAUAGUUUCGUACGGUUAUGAGUGUGCAAAGGCCGGAUUCCCAGGUGUCUACGUGAAGGUCAGUCCUUACAUUCCGUGGAUUGAAUCAAAGCUGAAUCUGUACAAAAAAACAAAAGUAAGAAGAUUGCCCAUCAUGUGGUUCCUGGAGUUGGUGAUUUUUUCCGCACUAAUUGUGAGCAGUGUACAUCCGCAAGCCCAGUCAUGUUACACACCAAACGGUCAGAUUGGCGUUUGUCAGUCGUUGCAAUAUUGCCCCACUUUGGUGCGUCUCUAUGAGCGAAAUCGAUCGCGGCAGACUAUAAAUUUUUUGGUCGCUUCUCAACGCAGCUGUGGGAAUCGCGUCUAUGGAGGCUACCCUGUCCUGUGCUGCACAGAUGGCGUAGAGUAUGAACAAAAUCCUUCUACUAGUUCACCUUUCAUCGAGUCGACGACAUCAACCACAACGACGACAACAACCACAACGACAACAACGCCUAGGCCCACCACUCAAGCUCCGAUCACAAUUGCUCCUAUUCUCCAAGCAGAUUGUAUUGGACCUGAUGGUAGAGAAGGGAAUUGCAUUAGUUUACGAAGCUGUCCAUCGGUGCUAUCGGAAUUCUUACAGCGCCAGAAAGACGCCCAGUACAUUAAAUACAUUCAAAACUCGAACGCUAUCUGCAAUUACAUUCAACCGAAUGUUUGUUGUCCUCUGGAAUUGCCAGUAACCAACGCACCGAAUACUCCUCCACCAACAGUAACCCCUCCACCUGCUCCUGUGACUGACGGACCUCCAGUGCCCAAAAAUAACGACAUUAUCCGAUUACCCACACCUAUUGAGGGAUGCGGUUACACCAAGGUAGAACAUGGUCGGAUUGUUGGAGGCAUGCCGGCAACCCUGAACGGGUGGCCGUGGAUGGCAUUAAUAGGAUACAAAAAUUCUCUGGGAGAAGUAUCGUUCAAAUGUGGCGGAUCUCUGAUCACCAAGCGACAUGUACUAACGGCGGCACAUUGUAUUCGUAAAGAUCUUUCUUCAGUUCGCCUUGGUGAGCAUGACACAUCGACUGACACAGAAUCUAAUCAUAUUGAUAUUCCAGUUGUUAAGAUGGAGACUUACCCUCAGUACGACAAGAAGGACGGUCACUCUGAUUUGGCGGUUCUUUAUCUCGGAGAGGAUGUUUCCUUCAAUGAUGCCAUUCGACCGAUUUGCCUUCCAAUCAGUGAUCCGGUGCGAAGUCGAAAUCUAGACGGCCUCACACCAUUUGUCGCUGGUUGGGGACGUACUCAGGAAGGCGGCAAGGCUUCCAACGUGUUACAGGAACUUCAGAUUCCAAUAAUACCAAACACACAGUGCCGUGGGCUAUAUGCUAAAAUAGGAAAAGCAUUUUCUGACAAACAAUUUGACGAUGCAGUUCUGUGCGCAGGAGUUCUGAAAGGUGGCCAGGACUCUUGUCAGGGAGACAGCGGCGGCCCACUGAUGGCGCCGAUGCGACGAGAUGGUUAUUUCGAUUACUAUCAGGUUGGCAUCGUUUCAUAUGGAAUCGGCUGUGCGCGUGCUGAGGUUCCCGGUGUCUAUACUCGAGUGUCCACGUUCGUGGACUGGAUUGAGCAAAAAGUUGGUGAGCCAGUGUGAUGGAAUGAUUUGUUAUAUACUCGAUUUAGAUAAAAUGUUAUUUUAUUCCUA